AACCUUAUUAUCACUUCCAUUAUGUAAGCUGUUUACAAGGAAACAAACUAAAUCACGAGAAAUACAUUUUGAUCAAGUGCAAAGACGAUAAACUCAUACGAUUCAAUACAUCACAUAGUUAGUACUUUACGGCUAAACUAAAAAAAAAAAGAGAAGCUGCAGUUUGUGAUAUGGCUCCCAUCAUCAUAAGGAAUACUUACACAGUCGUGCCGGCUGAACCAACAUGGACCGGUCGGUUUCCAUUAGCGGAAUGGGAUCAAGUUGGUACAAUAACUCACGUUCCCACCAUUUACUUCUAUGACAAGCCACCUGACUCGUUCCAAGGCAAUGUAGUCGAAACCCUAAAGAACUCAUUGAGCCGUGCGCUUUUCCAUUUCUACCCUUUGGCCGGCCGUCUCCGGUGGCUCCCUCAGGACCGGUUAGAGCUUGAUUGUAAUGCAGCAGGAGUGACACUCAUCGAAGCGGAAUCCGAGGCAGAGCUUAUCGAUUUCAACAAUUUCUUAGGGGCAGCUGAAUUUGAGAAACUUGUGCCACAAGUAAACUACAAAUCCCCUAUCGAAACAAUCCCUCUCUUUUUAGCUCAGGUCACCAAGUUCAAAUGCGGCCGAAUAAGCCUCAGCGUCAAAGUUUCACAUGCGGUCGUGGAUGGACAAAGCGCACUUCACUUCCUGUCGGAAUGGGGAAGAAUCGCUCGCGGUGAACCUCUAGAAACCGUUCCAUUUCUCGACCGCAAAGUCCUCUGGGCUGGUGAACAGCUUCCGCCGUUUGCCACAUCACCUCAGUACGAAGGUAAAGAGUUUGAAGAGCCGCCGUUACUGAUCGGUGAAACGGACUGUGUAGAAGAAAGAAAGAAGGAAACGGUUGUGGCGAUGCUAAAGCUGAGCAAAUCUCAGCUUCAGAAGCUUAGAAGUAAAGUGAAUACAAGCGAAUACGCUGACCCAGCGAGAGGGUUUACAAGGUACGAGACGGUCACGGGACACGUAUGGAGGUGCGCUUGCAAAGCACGUGGACACUCGCCAGAGCAACCAACGGGUUUGGUAAUCAGUGUAGAUGCUCGUAGUAGGGUGCAGCCACCUCUGCCCCGUGGUUACUUUGGCAAUGCUACUCUUGAUGUGGUCGCAGCAAGCAUCUCAGGUGAACUGAUAACGAACGAGCUGGGUUUCGCAGCGGGAAAAAUCAGUAAAGCUAUAAAGAAUGUGACAAACGAGUACGUGAUGACCGGGAUAGAGUAUCUAAAGAACCACGAGGAUCUAAAGGAGUUUCAAGAUAUACAUACCCUGGGAAGCACGGAAGGUCCAUUUUAUGGGAACCCUAAUCUUGGACUUGUGAGCUGGUUAACUCUGCCAAUGUACGGUCUUGACUUCGGAUGGGGCCAGGAGGUCUACAUGGGACCAGGCACGAAUGACCUCGAUGGGAACUCUCUGCUAUUGCCAGAUAAAACUGAAGAUGGCUCUCUGAUUCUUGCGACGUGUCAACAGGUGGUUCACAUGGAGGCCUUCAAGAAACACUUUUAUGAAGAUAUAUAGGGUUAUAUAUACACAAAAGUUUUCAUAUAUUAUGCAUAUUCAUUUUCAUUAAGGUUGCGAGUACGGAUUCUACUAAUGACGUGGUUCAUGAAUUGUAAUAACAAAUUUACGUAUCUUAAUAUAUACAGAAAACAUUUAUGUGCUUUCUGAAUUGAGCAA